CAUUUAAAGAGCUAGUCGUGACUUUCAACAUGUCUCUUAUCUCUUGGGAACAGUGGAUGUGAACUCAGUUUUGACAAUAUUUUCAACGUUAUUACAUCUUGGUUUUAUACUACAAAAAUGUUUUGUGUUGGUUUUCUAUUUGUUUUGGCAAUCGGCAUCGCACAAGGAGAUUUAUGCGACUUUGUCUUUGAUAAGGACUGUGCGUUCUUGUUUGACACGGUACAUGUUUGUGGAACGAAUGGAGAGUCAUACAGGAACACCUGUUUCUUGGCCAAGGCUUAUUGUGCUGACAAUACAAUUCAUAAAGCACACGACGGCGCAUGCGCAACAUCAACCACACCCUCACCGGUACAUGGAAGUCAGAUUGCCCUUGAUAUUUUCUGCUUGGACUUGAUUUAUAUUACAUGUCCUUCUGGUGGAAGUAAAAUCUGUGGAAGCGAUGGGACAUUCUACGAAAAUAUAUGUGAAUUUGACAAAGCUCGUUGUUUCCACAGAACUCUCCAAGACAACGGUAUCAACUGCUCUUAAAUGAUUUAAGAAUCUUUAAGAUAUUGGCUGUUAACAGAAAUAAUUAAAUUUAUUACACAUG